AUGGGAACGUACAGGCUCGAGCUUUUUGGCACCAACCCAAAGAGGGUACUUUCCCAUAGCCUUGCGGGUGAAAGGGAGCUCUACUACUCCUUCUGGAAGAACCAGCAGGCAUCAGAAAACAGUUACCACCAUCAACCACCGAAGCUGAUGGGCUCUCUGACACUCUUCUCUGCGGUACUCGCGGCAGUCAAGGCAAUCGUCUCUGCGUUUCCUGGAACAUCGCAACUGCCCGAGGUUGAAGCGCUUCUGGCAUUGGAGCGCAUAGAGUUCCUUGCUGCAUUGAACAAGCUUCUUGGAUUCUUGAAGAAAGAGGUUGAAAGCAGAGAGAAAAGUGGAUUAUGUGUCCAGCUGGACGACAAGCAGCGCAAACAGCGGGCGACCACUACCAAGGAUCAUGCUGGUACGCCAUCGGCCCUUGCCUUGCACAGCCGGACAACGGCGGGUCUACUGAGCUGCAUCUUCUGUAAUGAAAAAUCUCACAUAACGGAGACAUGCAAGGCUGACGUACCAUUGGAGGAUAAAAAGAAGGCUCUCGCAAAGAACCGACGCUGCUUUCGAUGUACGAAAAGCUACCACAGUUCUAAAGAGUGUCGGUUCAGGGGAAAAUGCUCAAAAUGCUGUGGUCGGCACGUGGACACUAUGUGCGACCCUAACUGGAAGCCCAAACCGAUCGAAGGCGGACAGGCCACGAACGCUUCGCACACGUUAGAAGCUCCUGGGCUAAUGACAGCGGUCUCCAAUCUGAGCACUGUCCUCCUACAAACAUUUCGCGGAUGGGCAGUGGCGAACUCCAGGUGCCUGUACAUUCGAGGUAUCGUUGACAGUGGAAGUUCCAGGACGUUCAUCCGCGAGGACCUCGCCCAAGAACUUGGUUUGAAGGAGGUGGCACAAGUGGUGAUCGGCAUCCAUACGUUCGCCUCGGGAUCGGACUGCACGCCUAUCAAGCGGAGCGUGGUGGAGGUGACUGUUAGGAGCCAGUACGGUAAUGAAGAGAUUACUCUUGCGGCCAUCGUUGUACCUCUGAUUUGUAAAGACAUCGAAGAAUCACCAGUUGACAGUGAACAUGUAGUGGAACUGGGGGACUGCGGGGAGAAGAUCGCCGACAUUGUUGCUUUUCCUGGCAUCCCUCAAGUCAGUGGCAUCAGUCUGCUAGUCGGAUCUGAUCAAGUGUCAAAACUAAUCUCAGGAGAAAUCCGCUGCUAUGGAAGACAGCAAGAACUGGUUGCGGUAAAGACUAAGUUGGGUUGGACCUUCCAGGGCCCAAGUGCUACGAAGUCUCUCAUCGCACGGCAAGCUGACAGCCUCAUAGUGCUGAGGACAAACGUUAACUGCAUGACGAUACAAGACGAAGAGAUACGGCGAAUUUGGGAGGUCGAAAACACAGGCAUCAACGAAAACCCCUCACCAACGGCUGCGGGUAAUGAAGUACUGGCAGAGUUUCAGCGUAACAUAAAGAUUGCCAACGGGCGUUAUGAGGUGUGCCUCCCCUGGAAGCACAUCGACGUCCCCUUGCGUGACAAUCGCGAUAUUGCGGAGAAAAGACUGAGGCGGUUGGUAAAUCGGCUGGCACAUGAUGACGAGCUGAUUACGGAGUACGACAAAAAUAUUCGAGCCUAUCAGCUGAGCGGCCAUGCUGAACCAGUGCCUGCAUCUGGGUCGAAGCCAUACAAACGCGUGUACUACAUGCCCCAUCGUGAGGUCCUCCGACCUCAGUCAACGUCAACGAAAAUGCGGGUCGUCUUUGACGCGUCAUCGCAUUCUGGCUCUUGUACAUCUCUCAACGACCACCUAGAAAAGGGGCCAAAGGUGCAACCAGACUUGUUGGACGUAUUGAUCCGCUUCAGAAUGCACCCAAUUGGAAUUACUGCGGACAUAGAAAAGGCUUUUCUGCAGAUCAGCGUUGACGAACGCGACAGGGAUGCCUUGCGUUUCUUAUGGUUUGACGAUGUGCCGCAGCGGAAGAACUUAACCCUCAGUACGAAUAUUGUGGAAUGGCGGAUGCAGCGUGUACCUUUCGGCACACCGGCUAGUCCAUUCCUGCUCGCGGCAACUCUACUGUAUCAUUUCAACUGCGUCACCGGUGGUCUGCAGAAGACGGCUGAGGUCCUGGCCUCAUCAUUCUAUGUUGACGACCUUCUGACCGGAGCAGCGGACGUCGAGUCAGCAAUUAAGCUCUACAGGGAAGCAAACGACAUCACUGAGAAAGCGAAAAUGCGCCUAUGCAAGUGGGCUUCUAACUGUGCAACUCUUCAAGACGUUUUUGCUCCAGAGGAGGGGGUUGUACCGAACAGUGACUGCAAGACGACAAAGGUGCUUGGGACGGUGUGGGACAAAAGCGAGGAUACACUUUCGUGUAGUUUAGACUCAAUCCUCAACUACGUCGAUCGCCUCACAGGCACCAAACGGAACGUACUGCAAGCUGCAGCCAGGAUUUACGACCCUCUCGGCUUCCUUAACCCGUUCACCGUGCGCGCAAAAAUGCUGUUCCAGGCUUUGUGGGUUGAGGAGAAUGAGUGGGAUUCACCUAUGUCAGAAGACAAGCAAAAACUCUGGAACGAAUGGUGCAACGAAAUUCAGGAACUGACAAAGGUCAGCGUGGACCGUUGCUUCCUGCCAAGCGGUCACAGAAAUCCGCAACUCCACAUAUUUUGUGACGCAAGUCCCAAGGGCUACGGGGCUGUAGCGUAUCUUCGAGUUGAAAACAAAGACGGAACUGUAACAUCAACAAUUGUUCUCUCUAAAUCUCGAGUAGCCCCCCCCCCCCCCCAAAAAAAAAAGUUGACCCUGCCUCGCCUCGAACUAAUGGCUGCGUUGAUCGGCUCGAGAAUGUUGAACUACCUUACGCGGAUCUGCACAGGAUUGGAUUUUGACUACUUCGUAUGGUCGGACUCAAUGAUUGCGCUUUGGUGGAUAAGAAGACCCCCGAGUGAAUGGAAGCAGUUCGUGAGCAACCGCGUUGAGGAAAUUCAGCAAAAGACCGAUCACCGAAGAUGGAAACAUUGUCCGGGGACGGACAACCCUGCCGAUUGUCUUACUAGAGGCAUGCCAGCGAGGGCACUGGUGGAUAGCAGCACCUGGUGGCAGGGACCCGCUUGGCUUCCUCUCGACUCGUCAAGUUGGCCAAACAGCGACGUCGAAUGGGACGACAUGACAAACGACGAGAGGAGUUUCAAAUCUAGCAUCCUGCAAGUCUCGGUGUCAUCGAAUUCUGCGAUCGUGGAUGCAGAGAAAUACAGCAGCCACCGGAGACUGACAAGAGUUACUGCUUGGGUCCUACGCUUCGAGCGUAUCGUGCGAUGCCGUAACGGUCGAACUGUCGGCACUCUAACGGUCAAGGAGCUCAACGACGCGGAUAACCUUUGGGUAAAGCAGGCACAGGCGGAGCAUUUCGCCGAGGAGGUUAAUCUGCUACAGAUGGGUCAUCCAGUGGCACCUGAUUCAAAGUUGGCCAAUCUGCGACCGUACCUGGACGACAACGGCAUCAUACGCUUACGGACGAGACUGCAGUGCGGAGCAGAUGGAGAGGACGUGAAAUGUCCAAUCAUACUUCCCCGCGCGCAUCACUACACGAAACUUGUUGUGGAACGUGCUCAUCACAGAACACUGCACGGAGGCUUGCAAGACACAUUGAACGAAGUAAGAGAGCGCUGGUGGAUUCCACAAGGCCGACAACUAACAAAAGCGCUCACAUUCCGAUGCAUCACCUGCUCGCGUAAUCGGGUCAAGGCAGCUUCAGCUCCCACUGCUCCACUGCCAUCUGACAGAAUUACUCCCAACCAGCCCUUCGAAGUAGUGGGAGUGGACUUUGCUGGGCCUGUGAUGGUGCGAUCCGAGCGCGGCUCGUUAAAGUCGUACAUUGCGCUCUUUACGUGCGCAACAACGCGGGCCGUGCACUUCGAACUCGUUUCGGAUCUUACAGCACGCUCAUUUUUCAUGGCGUUUCGCCGUUUCGUUUCCCGACGAGGAUUACCGAAUACUGUGUACUCGGACAAUGCAUUGACCUUCAAGAAAGCGUGCCGGGAUAUUCAGAAGUUGCAGACGGCCGUGCGACAGAGCGAGAUCCAGGAUUAUUUCGCCUCCCACCAAAUAAAGUGGAAAUUCAUCGUUGAGAGGGCAGCGUGGUGGGGCGGCUGGUGGGAAAGGCUGGUGCGUACGACGAAGCAGUGUCUCCGAAAGGUACUUGGACGACAGUCUUUAACGUUCGAAGAGAUGAUGACUGUGCUGCAGGACGCCGAAGCGUCGAUAAAUUCUCGCCCGCUUACGUACUUACACGAAUCACCUGACGAGCCUGCCGCGUUGACGCCUGCUCACCUGCUGAUUGGUCGACGACUCAUGGCACUUCCGAGUGGUGAACAUCAACAGCCGUCAUCAUCUGCGACCGACCUUUCCCGUCGAUGGUGUCACCGCCAGAGAAUAGCUGAUCAUUUCUGGAGAAGGUGGCACAGAGAAUAUCUGCUACACCUGAGGUCUGCCCACGUCUCUAAGCCCGUGGGGUACCAUUCGCUGAAGGAAGGAGAUCUUGCCUUACUGCAUGAAGACAAGGUUCCACGCAAUCUUUGGAAAACCGUGCGGAUUGUGACGCUACACAAGGGAAGGGAUGACAAAGUCCGAGCAUGUACCAUAAAGCUGCCAACGGGGAACGUGACAAGAAGACCGUGCGGAAUUCCAGGCAACGACGCUGCCGACAAGGCAGCAAAAGCAGCAUUGCAGAAGACCAAGCUUAGUGCCAUACCCUUCUCAAAGGCCGACAGCAAAGUCCACCUGAAGAGCACAAUUCAACAACUCAUUAGAAACCUCUGGAAGGCAUCUCUACAGCCCGCAGAUUACCUCUCUACAAUAGAUCCAGGUCUGAAAACAAAUAUCCCUGUCAGCCUAGAAAGAACCAUUCAAAUAGCUAUUCACAGGACCCGACUGGGACAAUGUUUGAGAAACAUAGAAGAAAACUUCAAACGACACUGGAAAAACUUGACAACCGUCCAUUCCGGUUCUACAAGAUUCUUGGACCUUGGCCCAGUCCUCAACAACAAGACAAGGUUUUUUGAGCUUGUCAGUCAGGAGUCUGUUGGGACGAAGUUUACAGUGAGAUUGCAGGACGAUCCCGGCCGGGGCGGUUCAGAGCCCAGUGCCAGAGUUCUUGUGGAACUUGUGGAGCGCCUGAUCCUCAAGGACCGACGGAUAACAUGUCUCGAACUGGCUGGAAAGACGGACCUUUCUGUGGGAACGUUGAACACUAUCAAUCAUGAACACCUCCAGUUUCGGAAAGUUGGUGCCCGUUGGAUCCCGAGGCAGCUCUCCGUGUUUGACCGCAGAGAAGACUGGAAAUCUCCCAAGAGCUAA